AUGUUUCAGGAAUCGGUGGCCUUUAAGGAUGUGGCUGUGAACUUCACCCAGGAGGAGUGGAUUUUGCUAGAUCCUUCGCAGAAAAAACUCUACAGAGAUGUGAUGUGGGAAACCUUUAGGAACCUGAACUCAAUAGGAAAAAAUCAGAAAGACCAGAACAUUGAAGAUAAGUACAAAAACCAGGGGAGAAAUCUCAGUUAUCAACCUUCUUUCCAAAUACAUGGGAGGACUCAAACUGGAGAGAAACCCUAUGAAUGUAAAAAAUGUAUAAAAGCAUUCCUGUAUCAGAACACCACUCAAAGACAUGAAAAGUCUCAUACUGGAGAAAAACCUUACAAAUGUAAGGAAUGUGGGAAAACCUACAUGUCUCGUCUAGGUUUACAAGCACAUGGAAGAACUCACACUGGAGAGAAACCCUAUAAAUGUAAAGAAUGUGGAAAAGCAUUCCUGUAUCUCUACUCUGCUCAAAGACACGAAAAGACUCAUACUGGAGAGAAGCCUUACAAAUGUAAGGAAUGUGGGAAAGCCUUCAUGUCUCGUCCAGGUUUGCAAGCUCAUGAAAGCACUCACAGUGGAGAGAAACCCUAUAAAUGUAAAAAAUGUGGAAAAGCUUUCCUGUAUCACAACUCUGCUCAAAGACAUGAAAAGACUCAUACUGGAGAGAAGCCUUACAAAUGUAAGGAAUGUGGGAAAGCCUUCCAUUAUCGCCAUUCUGCUCAAAUACAUGAAAGGACUCACACUGCACGGAAAUGCUAUGAUUGUAAACAGUGUGGGAAAACCUACAUGUCUCCUCUAAGUUUGCAAAUACAUGGAAGAACUCACAGUGGGGAGAAACCCUAUGAGUGUAAACAUUGUGAGAAAACCUUCAUUUAUCAGCAGUCUGUUAGAAAACAUGAAAGGACUCAUACUGGAGAGAAACCCUACAAAUGUAAGGAAUGUGGGAAAGUCUUCACUUUUCUUGCAGCCUUUUAA